AUGUAUACCUUGAACCAAGCGGCCCUUUGUCAAGCCUGCGCUCAAAGUCACCACAUCUCUGGAAAAGCUGGGCCACUGGCGGAGCCAAGCAGAGCUGGAACAGCUUCGAAUAACAACACACAGAGUACCUACGAUGAAGACGACGAGCCAGUCAAGCGGGAGCGGGUCUAUGGUAGAGACAUCACCGAGAAGCCUAUCACUCCAUCGCCCUCAAGAAUUCCUUCGCUCCCAGACUCGACCUCAACUUUAAACCCGUCCCGGACCUUCUCAAACAUCAUCACGAUGGAGCGCCCUGCACAGCAAACGACGACGGCUCCCACGGCCGACACUACCUCCGAAAUGCCCACCCACACCGUGCCGCAAAUGCACGGUAUCCUUCCAUCUGACUCUACUGGGUCCCGUGAAAGAGAUGCCGGGGAUAAGAAGAACAAGGUAGAAGAGGCCAGGGCGGACGAAGCUAAGAUGGACGAAGCCAAAGCGGACGAAACCAAAGCGGCUGAGGAUGCUCGGAUGAAGGGAUGCUUGGCGGAUUCCUGGGAGAGAGUCGAACGAGCUCUUGCCCAAGGUGAUGAAAACUUCUUCAGGAAGUAUCCCCAGCUCGAAGGUCUUCCUACGGAGGGUUCGUGA